UGUUGGGUUGAAAUUUCUGUUCAGUUUUUGAUUGAAUUGGCCAAUGGAGUCUUACAAACUUUUCCUGAAGAAAAUGUAAGCUCAAAAGUUUGAUGAUUAAUACCCACGUUUACAAAUUUACUGCACUUGAUUAACGUAAUCUCACUUUUGCUAUGCAAACAUUUGUUUGCUCAAAUCUAAUUUGCAUGAAAACUGCAUAGAAGCUAUACUAUGGCAAGACAAAUGAGUUCAUGCCUUGUAAGUGCAAAGAACACAGAUGCACAACAAGAGAUUUGCUAAGAUGGAACUCCCAGGAAUUUUUGUGUGAAGGAAACUGUUGGGUUUAGCGAAUGUUUGAUUACAAUCAGAUGGUUGGAUUCAAGAAAACAAUUGAGCUCUGAAGUUGAGAGAUUAUCAUAUCAGCCCAAAUUAGGACUUCCAAUUGCAAUCUCAGAAGUAGGAAGGCUAACGCAGUACGCUGAUCUGAGUUUCAUAAGCAGAAGGCAGAUCAUAAAUGGGAAACAAGCUGCAAAAGCCCCUAGGAUCAGACAGGGUAGAAGAACAAGAACAGCAACAAGAAGAAGAUUCAAACUUUACAUGUGAUUUAUGCAUUGAACCCAACCUAUCAGACAGGAAAUUUAAGAAUGGUGGCUUGUGUAAUCAUCCUUUCUGCUUGGACUGCAUAUCCAAGUAUCGCAAGUACAUUCGAAGUAAAAGUUGAAAGUCACUGAAAACCAUUGAAUGCCCUGGACUGAACGUUGUGGCACCAAUAGACCCUCUCUCGUGCAGGCUUUCAUCUCAAAAGCACUAUUUGAAAAUGGGUCUUGACCUUCUCUGUGAUUUCAUGGUUUUAAGGUUCGAAGGGUGCUCUUGUCCGUUCAAGAUUGCUCAGCUUUGGUUUUGAAUGGAAUGCAAGUAUAAACUUAAAAAUAAGUCUAACUGUAAGAAACAAUUCUGUUUUCGGUGCAAGAUUCCAUGGCAUGCAGGAUAUGAGUGCAAAUGAGAGCGGACAAUUGAGAGGCAAUUGAGAGAUAGUAAUGAUAUUCUGGUUGGGGAACUUAUAGAAGAGAAAAAGUGGACAAGAUGUUACAAUUGUGGUCACUCUGUUGAGCGAGUCAGUGGGUGCAGAGAUAUAAAAUGCAAAUGCGCGGUUCGAUUUUGCCAUCAAUGUGGAAGACGGCUUCAUUUAGGUCCCUGUAACCACAAGUGUUGUGGAGACGCUUGCUGCAUGCUAUUUUUUCUGGUGGUGUUGAUUACUUUCUGCUUUCUACUAUAUCAUCAAGUAAAACUGCUGUGUCAAACUGCUGUCCCGCUGAAAUAG